UUUUUCCCGACCGAUGGCAUGUGAUGGCUUAAUCGCCCCUAAACUUUCUAAAGCUAUCGAGAAAAGAUAUGAUUUUUCUACUCUUAACGCACUAAUUUAAUAAUCUUGAAACGGGAAAAAUCGGUGAUCGCGGCUCGGGAUUCGAAGUUCCCUGACGGCUCGCAGCGAGCAGAGCCACGGACGCUGCCGAAGCCACCGCUGCUGAAGAGCCCUUUGGCUUUCCUUCACGCCAGCUUCACAUGCCUCUCGUGCGAGCACGCCUGAAAACGUCCUUUUCUUGAUCACAUUAUUCACUCGCUUCCUCCCUCUCGCUCCUGACCUGAAGUCUCGGUGUGGACUGUGGACUUUGCACCACCUCCGUCGGUGAUCCGUCUUUCUUUGUUCACAUCACCUUUCGACACACGUACUUUUGUAGCCAAAGUUCUAUUUUUUUUUCGUAAGCUCUUCUUUCUGCAGUCUUUUGGGAAGUGUUCUUGCGUUUCUUCUUUCUUUUCUUUCUCUCAGAUCGUUCGGUUUGAUGACAAGUUGGGAUCUUUUUCUUGUGGGUUCUUGGGUUCGUUCGAUAUUGGGAUGCCCAUUUGAAGGUUGAACUCGAAAUUUAUCUGGGUCUGGCUUCUUCUUCGCUGGGUCCGUUUUGUAGGGAUGGAUUCUUGCUUCGUGAGCAUGAAGGUCGGUGCGCGACCCGUGCCAGGAGGAGGCAUUAUCAAUUUUAGUGAGUUCUGGGGUGAAAACUUGAGGGUUGGUGCUAAUAAGCAAUUUGGAGCUCGGUUAUGUAAGAGCUUGAGAAGUGAAACAAGGAUUGGACUUGUUAAACCUGGAAUUGCUUACUCUGUUCUUACUCCAGAAGUUGACAAAGAGACCAUGACUCUUCAAGCUCCAGUGUUGGAAACUCCAAGAGCAGAUCCGAAGAGUUUUGCUUCAAUUAUACUGGGAGGAGGUGCUGGAACACGACUGUUUCCACUUACUAGCAGAAGGGCCAAGCCGGCAGUUCCUCUAGGAGGAUGCUACCGGUUGAUUGAUAUCCCAAUGAGCAAUUGCAUUAACAGUGGUAUCAGAAAAAUAUUCAUCUUAACGCAGUUUAAUUCCUUUUCCCUCAAUCGCCACCUUUCCCGGACAUACAACUUUGAUAAUGGUGUUAGUUUUGGUGAUGGAUUUGUGGAGGUCCUCGCAGCAACUCAAACUCCGGGUGAAGCUGGAAAGAGGUGGUUCCAGGGGACUGCUGAUGCUGUUAGGCAAUUCAUAUGGGUCUUUGAGGAUGCCAAGAACAAGAAUGUGGAGAAUAUCUUGAUUUUGUCUGGUGACCACCUGUACCGGAUGAAUUACAUGGAUUUCGUGCAGAAGCAUAUUGAUUCAAAUGCCGAUAUCACAGUUUCAUGUGUCCCAAUGGAUGACAGUCGUGCAUCGGAUUAUGGACUGAUGAAGAUUGACAGAACUGGACAGAUCAUCCAAUUUGCCGAAAAACCGAAGGGCAAUGAGCUGAAAGCAAUGCAAGUCGACACUACUCUUCUUGGGCUAUCAAAGCAAGAUGCGGUGAACUUGCCAUACAUUGCCUCAAUGGGCGUCUAUGUAUUUAAAACCGACGUGUUACUAAAGCUUCUGAGAUGGAGCUACCCCUCAUGCAAUGAUUUUGGCUCUGAAAUAAUUCCGUCAGCUGUUGCAGAGCAUAAUGUCCAGGCAUAUCUGUUUAAUGACUACUGGGAGGACAUUGGAACAAUCAAGUCAUUCUUUGAUGCUAAUUUGGCCCUAACAGAACAGCCUCCAAAGUUCGAAUUUUAUGAUCCGCAAACACCUUUCUACACGUCUCCACGAUUCUUACCCCCAAGUAAAGUUGAUAAAUGCAGGAUUGUAGAUGCAAUAAUCUCUCACGGUUGCUUCUUGCAAGAAUGUAGCAUUGACCACUCCAUUGUUGGCGUGCGCUCGCGUCUAGACUAUGGUGUUGAGUUUAAGGAUACCAUGAUGAUGGGUGCAGAUUACUAUCAGACUGAAGCUGAAAUCGCAUCUCUUCUGGCACAAGGGAAGGUUCCUAUUGGGGUCGGACAAAAUACUAAAAUCAGGAACUGCAUAAUUGACAAGAAUGCCCGGAUAGGGAAAAAUGUGGUUAUUCACAACACCGAUGGUGUUCAAGAAGCAGAUAGACCAGAAGAAGGAUUCUACAUCAGGUCAGGGAUAACAGUCAUACUGAAAAACGCAACAAUCAAAGAUGGAACUGUCGUUUGAGAAGAAAACAAGAAAAAAGAAGGCCAGCGGAGUCUCAGACAUCAUAGCACGUGUGAUUCAGAAGAAAGCUGGCUAAACCCAUACACGACUUUGCUGUUUUCAUGGCUUUUCUGUGUCCAGAGAAACUAGAUGCUGUGCUGCUCAGUUGUGAAGUAGUUCUCAGUUAUGUGACUAAGCUAGUAAGAGGCAUAUAAUCUGAGUUAGCUAGCGGGAUGCAUAUUCUGUAUAAGAGAAGAUACUAUAUGCUUGAGGGGUGUGCCAGCCUGUGGGAGGAUGUACUGAGCUGUACAUAUUAAGUGUAGAGAGACUUGGACCACAUGAAUAUGAGACAGUUAUAGUACCUGGCAUAAAUGCUACUCCCUCUCUC